UAUGACAGGCUAUGUUCGCUGACAGUAGGCAGAUUCCGGUGCCGGUUAUGUUGUUGUGAGUGGGCCUCAGUAAGCCAUAGCUGGUGAUAUAGGCGUGGGAAUGCAGUGAAUUCAUAGUACGAAAUCUUAGUAUACAGCCUCCUGGUGUUUUGGUUAGACUGGUAAUUCCGGGCGGGGAAUGCCGGCGCUUAAGGGGUUACACGGAUGCGCCCCGCCCAGCUCUCUGGCUCCAGUACACGUUUGGCUCAGAGGGGAUGGGACAGUGAGCCGUGUGGCUGCCCGGGGAGAGAAGUUGGGAGCGCUGCACAAAGGGCACAUGAGCUGGAGGCAGGUGGUUUGAAGCUUCACAGAUGAUGGAACCACUGUCAUGUCUUUGGGCCGCCUCCUCCGUCGUGCGUCCUCCAAGGCCUCCGACUUCCUGACACUAAGUUCUGGGGGAGGAUCGUCCUCCAUAUUGGAUGGGGAGAUUAUUUUCUCCAAGAACAAUGUUUGUGUGCAUCCCCCGGAGUUGCUGCAGGAUGUGGGAUCCCAUCACCCCGGGUACCUGUGUGUGUACAUGGAGAAAGAUGAGUUUCUGGGUACCACCCUGAUCCUGGCCUGGGUCCCAAACUCUCGUAUCCAACGUCAGGAUGAAGAAGCUCUGCGUUAUAUCACCCCUGAGAGUUCGCCUAUUCGCAAAAACCCACGUAAAAGAAACCGCCAACCUCCAGGCUCUGCUCCCACCACACGUAGCAAACCUGCCAUAAUCUCCAAAGAAGAUGUGGGAAGGGAAGUUAAUUCCCCCACUGAGCGAGACCCUUCUUAUGGCUCUGCAGAGGGGGUUGAGGAAGGGACAGAGCAGGGGGAAGAUGAAAGGUCUCUGGAUUUAUCAUCAGAUGAAGUGAGCAAAGACAGCACCCUGGACUCAGAUUCUGAUGCCUUCUCUUCGCCAUUUUGCCUGUCGCCAAUUAGCGAGGCGUUGGGGGAGAGCAGCAGCUCUGUAUUUUUGGAAAAUGAAAACCGGGAUGAGAGUAACAGUCACAUGAGCAGCUACGCUUCCAGCCUGAAUGCCAACUCCCAGCUGCCAGAGAUUAAUGGGCAAGGUGUCCCUGCAAAGUGGGAGGAGCAACAGAAGCUCUUGGCACUGGAGCAGACGUGCGGGGUUUUCCGAGUGGACCUGGGUCAGAUGCGCUCACUUCGAUUCUUUUUCAGUGAUGAGGCCUGCACCAGUGGGCAGUUGGUAGUAGCCAGCAGAGAAAGUCAAUACAAAGUCUUCCAUUUCCAUCAUGGCGGCCUGGGGAAGCUGUCGGAAGUUUUUCAGCAGUGGAAGUACUGCAGGGAGACCCAACUCAAGGAGCAGCAGGUUACAGAAGACAAGACCUGCCUCCACUUCUCUAUCCAGAGGCCAAAUCUGCCUUCUUCAGAGUCUCAUCCUGAGGAAGGUAUGUACCGCCGGCUUGAUGUCACCAGCUGGUUGGAACACCUCAAUGAGGUUGGGCAAGUUGAAGAGGAAUACAAAUUGCGCAAGCUCAUAUUUUUUGGAGGGAUUGAUCCUUCCCUGCGGGGAGAAGUGUGGCCUUUCCUCCUGGGAUACUACCCAUGGGAAAUCACGUCCGAGGACAGGGAAGCCCUGCGGGUGCAUCGGAGAGAGGAAUAUUCCCAGAUCCAGAAGAAAAGAGUUUCCAUGAGCCCCACUGCCCAAAAAGAGUUCUGGAAAAAUGUGCAAUUCACAGUGGAUAAGGAUGUGGUGAGGACAGAUCGCAGUAACCAAUUCUUUCGCGGGGAAGACAAUCCCAAUGUGGAGUCUAUGAGGAGGAUCCUACUAAAUUAUGCAGUGUACAGCCCAGGAGUUGGUUAUUCACAAGGUAUGUCAGACCUAGUGGCCCCCAUACUGGCUGAAGUCCUGGAUGAGUCUGACACGUUUUGGUGUUUUGUCGGUCUGAUGCAGAACACAAUAUUUAUCAGCUCACCCCGUGAUGAGUAUAUGGAAAAGCAACUGCUGUACCUGCGAGAGUUACUGCGACUGGUGCACCCACGUUUCUAUCAGCACCUUUACUCUCUGGGGGAAGAUGGGCUCCAGAUGCUGUUCUGCCAUCGCUGGAUCUUGCUUUGCUUCAAAAGGGAAUUCCCCGACUCUGAAGCCUUAAGGAUGUGGGAAGCAUGCUGGGCCCAUUACCAGACGGAUUAUUUCCACCUCUUUCUGUGUGUCGCUAUUAUCGUUCUGUAUGGAGACGAUGUUAUCGAGCAGCAGCUGCCAACGGACCAGAUGUUGCUGCAUUUCAGCAACUUGGCGAUGCACAUGAACGGAGAGCUGGUCCUGAGAAAGGCAAGGAGUUUGCUAUAUCAGUUUCGCCUGUUGCCCAGAAUCCCCUGCAGCCUACAUGACUUAUGUAAACUGUGUAGCCCAGGCAUGUGGGAUAGCGGCUACAUUCCGCCUGUUGAGUGCACAGGUCAUCACUCAGAGUCCGAGAGCUGCCCGUAUGGAGGUACCAUGGAAAAACCAUCCCCUAAACAUCCAAAGGACGCCAAGAAGGGACUUAAAACACUUGAUAUGUUCACCUUCAAAAAAUAGAGAUGGUGUAGGAUAGCGGAUUUGAUUCUGAACCUUCUGUCCAGGCAUUAUGUUCCAGUACCAGUGAAAUACCUUUCAGUUCAACCUCAGGCACGCAUCUAGUAGAGACUGGAUUUGUCCUAUAAGCAAUUAGCUUUUUUCCUUUCCUUUGUAAUUAUGGUUCAGUGUCUCCAGACAGGCCACGUAUGUGGCACAGAAUUGCAAUGCACCUUUGUUCUGCAAAGUAGCUACGAGGCAACAUGGUUCUCAUAGGAUCGGAUUGUGCUAUUUUAAUCAUAGCCUUUUUUUACAUACACAGGGAGGUAUAUUACUAGCCCUGCCUAUUGCUUCACUUUCUGAAAAAUACCAUUAGAAAGAACGAAAGAUUCCCUCCCCGUAUAAUGCUGUAUAUAGAAAUACAAACCCAGCACCUAUGCAGUUGGCCAUUACUGGACUGAAUGGCUCAUAUAGAUGAAGAAUGCUGCCAUUUUACUCCAUGGAAAUGGUAUAUGUAAUAGCUAAUAACAAAGGGUCCUUCAUACCCCACUGUGAUUUUUUUUGGAGCUUUGGUGCACAGAAAAGAAAACGAGACAAGACAUAUGGACUGUGGACAUGAAGAAUCCCAGCAGAAAUGGAGACAGGGGUGGGACAGGGGGCUGCCCAAGGGUUUAAGGCAAGAAAAGUGGAUGCCCAGGAAUAUUUUUCAAUAAAUGUUCACAAGUGGUUAAAGCAGCUUGUUUUCCUUCAGACCUGGAGUAAGUGAAAAUGUCAGAAAAAAAUUGGAAUCUGGCCAUAGAGCCAUUACCAGCGAAGUACAAUCCUCCCCCUGCCUCCUUAGCCUGCCCCUCUCUUCCUGUUGCAGGGGAAUUAUGUCAUAGAAACUGUCCAGACAGAACUUUCACUGAUCACGAUUUCUAGUAAAAUAAUUUCUCUAUCCUG